CACACACACACACAAACACAUAUGAGCAACCAGUACUCGAGUACGCUACAUCAAAUUAAGACAAAUCCAACAUGGCGGCUCCCGUGUUGACGUUUCCAGUUGAGGAACUGCUCAUGUGAAGGAGCUGCAAACCAUGAAGGAUUUCAGCCACCAUGGAUGCCAAAGAAAUAAUCCACUGUGCUGUGCAGAUAGAGAGAUCCCUCGCAGACAGGAGCUAUGGGACCAUCCUGACCCUGCUCGGUGACCUCGGUAAGUCUCAGGUCACAGCGGAGCAGCUGGAGACCACAGACAUUGUGAAAGUGCUCUACAGGCUCCUGAGAAGCUGCUCUGAUGACAGCGUGAAGCAGACCGCUAAAGGCUUGUUGUCUAAGUGGAAGAGACAGUACAGCAAAGGAGCACAUGGAGUGAAAAGCAAGGAGGCCUCUCGUAGGGUUUCUCCUCCACAUGAGGCUGGAGAUGGAGCCGUUUCCAAGCAAGAGGAUUCCCACUUUGAGGUAGAAGCUUCCUGUAGUUUCUCAUCUGUGAGAUCUAAAUGUGUCCAGCUCCUUCUUUCCGCCCUCUGCCCUGAACCUCCUGAUCAACACAAGGCUACAGAUCUGGCUGCAGAUAUAGAAAAGCACGUCCAUGAGCUCCACACAUCCAGCCAGGUGAAAUACAAAGCCUGUGUGAGGAGCAGGGUGGCCAACCUGAGGAAUCCCAAACACAAGCAUCUGUGUCAGGGCCUCCUGAGCGGCGCACUGUCCCCGGAGGUGUUUUCCCGGAUGUCUGCUGAGGAGAUGGCGGGCGCGGAGCUCCGGCAGCUGAGGGAGGAGUACUCGUGGAGGGGGGUGAGUGAGAGGCAGCUUCCUCAGGGAGUCGAAGGGACACAGACGCAGAAGAUAAGGUGCAAAAACUGUGGGGGGUCGGACUGUAGGGUGACCCAGGUGUCCCGGGGGGCCCUGUUCCUGCCGGCGUGGGUGAGGCAGAGCAGCCCCGACGACGACUCCAUGACCUUUGUGACCUGCAGCGGCUGUGGGCAGCAGUGGUACCACAGCGGCUGGGUCUGCCUCUGAAUGCACACAAACAAAGGACAGAGCAUUUUUGCAUGUUUGAGCACAUACUUGAGAUUUAAAUAAGACUUUUUUAAAGAUGCGUUCUUUAUUUCAUGUGCCAGUUACUCCAUUAUGAAAAGCCUAAACAUUGCCUAAUGCAGCUGCAGAGUAAAACCACAGCUUUUAAAUAAGUUGCUUCAUCAUCUUC